AUGUUACCUUCAAUGUUCAUCCUCGCACUACUGCCAGCGUCAACCGUAAACGCUGCCGCCGCAAAACCCUUCCUUGCCGGUCCCUACCCAGCCGCUCCCUUCCCAGCUGGUCCCUUCCCAGCGGAUGUUAACAAAAAACCCGCCUCUUCUGGCUCCUCUAUUCCAGUAAACCUUGCCACCCCAACACCCGUCCCAACAGGAGGUGCCGCACAACCCGGCGGUAAAAAAGAUGAAAAGCCCAACAAUCCAAAACCCGCCAAUCCAACACCAACACCCUCAGUACCCAUAAAACCAGCACCCGGAGUACCUGCUAAUUCCAGCUCUGGCGUCCCAGCCAUUGAAGGAUUUACGCUUACAUGGAGCGAUGAGUUCAAGGGCGCCGGUGGCUCUCUACCAGACAGCAAGAACUGGAUCAUCGAUGUUGGCACCAGCUACCCAGGCGGUCCAGCAAACUGGGGUACUGGUGAGAUCCAAACAUACACCAACAAGCCAGAGAAUGUCCAAAUCACCAAUGGCCAACUGAAAAUCACCGCCAUCGGAAAAGACAAGACUUGGACCUCAGCCAGAGUUGAGACACAGAGAACCGACUUCAUGGCUCAAGAAGGCAAGAAGAUGAUCAUUCAAGCGAGCAUCGCUAUGCCUGAUGUCACUGGCCCUGAGGCAAUCGGUUACUGGCCUGCCUUCUGGACUUUGGGAGGCAACUACCGCGGUGUUUACACCAACUGGCCUGGGGUUGGAGAAUUCGAUAUCAUGGAGAAUGUCAAUGGUCUUAACAAGGUCACUGGAGUUCUUCACUGCGAUGUAAGCAAUCUCCGCUCUCUACUCACAUUAAUCUUUACUAACGGUUAUCAAGGUUGCUCCAGGAGGACGAUGCAACGAGAUGGAUGGUCUCGGAAAGAACCUCCAAUGCCCUGGAAAGCCAUGCCAGGGUAACUUGCACACCUACACACUCACCGUCGACCGGUCCGUUACACCAGAGACAAUGACCUGGUCUGUGGAUGGUCAAAAGUACCAUAGUAUUACUGAGCAAGAACUCGGUGCUCAGCUCUGGACUCAGACUGUCCAACAUGGCCAUUUUAUCUUAUUGAACCUUGCUAUGGGUGGUGCCUUCCCUAACAAGGUACAUGGCGCUGACACACCUUUGCCUGGAACUGUUUCUGGGAAGAGUUUGAACAUCGACUAUGUUGCGGUAUACAACUCUAUAUAA